CCAAACCAAACCAAAACAAAAAUUAUGUCUGAAGAUGAAGAGGAUUAUAUGUCGGACAAGUUCCUGGCGGGCCUGCAGGAUGUUCGCCCCAGCUUAGUGCAAGAUCGCGGGAAAAAACGCGCCAUCAAAGUCCAGGCCAAGCAGCAGGAACACCAUAAGCGGCAACGAGAGACUGCUGCGGCCACGUCCAACCUGAACAAUGAACGGCUGCAGCAGGACCUCAAUAAGCCCCUGGCUGCGGAUAACAAAGGAUUCCAGCUGCUGGCCAAAAUGGGCUACAAGGCGGGCAGUGGUCUUGGCAAACAGGCGGAUGCCCGCCUCGAACCCAUUGGAAUAACCAUAAAAAACGAUCGCGGCGGCUUGGGAAGAGAGGCAGCCAUCGCGGAGCUAGCCGCCAAGCGACAGGAGCUACGGAGAGCUCAUCUGCUGCACAGGGCGGGCAUCGAUUCGAGCGAAGAGAUCAGCACAGAGGCAUACCGAAAGAGAGCCAUGCUAAAGGCAGAGGAACGCAAACUUCAGUAUGAUAUAAGACGAUGCCAGCAGACAUGUGAAUCCCUAGAUGUCGCCGCGGAUGUUCAGGAGCCUGAUCUGGAGUUCUUCUGGCAACCAAAACCAAAGGAGAAGGAGGAGAGCGGCAGUGAAGCAGAGCAGGACUUGCCUGAAGAAGAUGAGGAACUCCCAAAGGAGGAGCAAUACAGUGCCUCCGAGCAGCUAGAACUGCUUACGGGCUAUCUUCGCACUGCCUAUUCCUUUUGCUACUGGUGUGGCACACGCUACGACAGUGGCGAAGAUCUGGAGACCAACUGCCCCGGACUCACACGCGAUGAUCAUUAAAAAUACAU